AUGACGUUAUCGCUUACGCCAGCUAUCCAUAUAUUUUCUUCCGUGCACACGGGAAAGGGUGUAGCUUCAACUGUCUGGAAGAGGCACUGUUUACUUCGAAGAUCGAUAAGAAAGUUAGCAAUGGCUGAACAAUUUGAGAUGCCGCGAGUGAAACUCGGGACCCAAGGACUUGAGGUAUCAAAGCUAGGUUAUGGUUGUAUGGGGCUUUCAGGUGUCUACAAUAAUCCUGUCCCUGAGGAGGAUGGAAUUGCAAUAAUCAAAGAGGCAUUUAGUAAAGGCAUUACACUUUUUGACACAGCAAAUGUUUAUGGUGCAAACCAUGCCAACGAGUAUUUGGUAGGGAAGGCAUUAAAGCAAUUACCUCGAGAAAAAGUUCAAUUAGCUACGAAGUUUGGUAGAGCUGGAUUUGAUGCUUCUGGAGUUAUAGUGAAUGGUUCACCUGAAUAUGUCCGCUCUUGUUGUGAGGCUAGCCUGAAGUGUCUCGAUGUGGACUAUAUCGAUCUUUAUUACAUACAUCGGAUUGAUCCUAACACGCCUAUUGAAUAUACUAUGGGAGAACUUAAAAAUCUUGUCAAUGAAGGUAAAAUAAAAUAUAUUGGAUUGUCUGAAGCAAGUCCAGACACAAUAAGGAGGGCUCAUGCCGUUCAUCCUAUUACUGCUUUACAAAUGGACUAUUCCCUUUGGGUUCGUGAUAUCGAAGAAGAAAUAAUUCCACUUUGCAGGGAACUUGGAAUUGGAAUAGUUCCAUACAGUCCCUUAGGUCGAGGAUUUUUUGCUGGGAAGGCCGUAGUGGAAAGCGUGGAAAAUAGCUCAUUGAAAGAUCACCCAAGGCUUAAGGGAGAGAACUUUGAUAAGAACAAAGUCUUAUAUUUCCGUAUAGAAGCAUUGGCUAAGAAGCAUGGAUGCACUCCUGCUCAACUUUCUCUGGCAUGGGUUCUUCAUCAAGGAGAUGAUGUUGUACCUAUUCCAGGUACAACCAAAAUUAAGAAUCUCCACGAUAAUAUUGGUGCUCUGAAAGUGAAGCUUACAAAAGAUGAUUUGAAAGAGAUUACUGAUGCUGUUCCCAUCAAUGAAGUAGCAGGGAUGAGAAGUUCUGAUGAGGUUUUUCAUCGGACCACAUGGGAAUUUGUGAAGACUCCACUCCCAAAAUGA